GGCUGGAAAGGAGUUUUUUUCUUGAGUUUUAAUCUUUCUUUGCUUGUCAACUUUUUUUUUUCAUCACUCUCCUCCUACUUCGGACGGGAGACAAUACUUUUCCCUUUCUUUUUUAUGUGCUCCAACACAAUACCCACUCUCCAUCGCUCUAUCUCUACCAUUUAAAGAGGUUUUAUUGAGACUUGAAUCGAGUUUUAUUUUUCGAGGCUAGUUAAAGUUUUGCCUUUAGAAAAGAAGAGGGAUGUGUUAUAUUGGAGCACAUGGUAUAGCUGCACUGCACAGAUAUAAGUACAGUGGAGUAGAUCAUUCGUAUCUCGCCAAAUAUGUCUUGCAACCCUUCUGGAGUCGCUUCGUUAAAAUCUUUCCCCUUUGGAUGCCUCCGAACAUGAUAACUCUAAUAGGAUUCAUGUUCUUACUCACAUCUGCGAUGCUUGGCAUUAUUUAUUCUCCUCAGUUGGAUUCACCUCCUCCAAGAUGGGUUCAUUUUGCUCAUGGAUUACUACUGUUCUUAUAUCAGACCUUUGAUGCUGUGGACGGGAAGCAAGCAAGACGGACAAAUUCUUCAAGUCCAUUGGGGGAACUUUUUGACCAUGGAUGUGACGCACUUGCUUGUGCCCUUGAGUCAUUGGCUUUUGGAAGCACUUCCAUGUGUGGAAGAGAUACUUUCUGGUUCUGGGUGAUUUCAGCUGUUCCAUUUUAUGGUGCAACAUGGGAACAUUACUUCACAAAUACCCUUAUUCUUCCGGUUGUUAAUGGACCUACCGAGGGUCUCGUGCUUAUAGUCGUAUGUCAUUUCUUCACAGCUAUUGUGGGUGCUGAAUGGUGGGCUCAACAGUUUGGCAAGUCUAUGCCCUUUUUAAGUUGGGUUCCAUUUAUUAGUGAAAUCCCAACAUCCAGACUUGUGUUGUUCUUCAUGGUAGCCUUUGCUGUUAUACCAACAAUUUCAUUCAAUGUGCACAAUGUUUACAAGGUCGUUCAAGCAAGGAAAGGAAGCAUGCUACUGGCCCUGGCAAUGCUUUAUCCUUUUGCUGUACUUCUAGGCGGAGUCCUUGCUUGGGAUUAUUUGUCUCCAUCUGAUAUUAUAAGGAGCUAUCCACAUUUAGUUGUACUUGGAACUGGACUUGCUUUUGGAUUCCUCGUGGGGAGAAUGAUACUGGCUCAUCUGUGUGAUGAACCAAAGGGUUUGAAAACCGGAAUGUGCAUGUCACUAUUGUAUAUCCCUUUUGCCAUUGCAAAUGCGCUCACAGCCAGAUUGAAUGAUGGAGUUCCUUUAGUUGAUGAAAGCUUGGUUCUUCUUGGUUACUUCCUAUUCACACUUGUGCUCUAUUUGCACUUUGCCACAUCAGUAAUUCAUGAAAUCACCACAGCCUUAGGAAUUUGUUGCUUCAGGAUAACAAGGAAAGAAGCUUAAAAUCCGUUGAUGUAUUCUUCAUGCUGGCAAGCUUACAUUGAUGCAGCAACUGCCAAGGUUUUGGCUAAAAUAUAUUUUUGACAACAUUGAUGACAGUUGUGUUAUGUAAUGGAUUGUUUACCGAGUUGCCGAAUAAAAUUAGGCAUGUUAUUUUAAUUUAUAUAGUGUAUGGUGUUUUGAUGUUACACAAAUUGGCCAAUUGAUUCUUUCAGUUUGUUAUUUAUAA